GUGAGUGAGAAGUUAAGAGAUCUGUGUUUCUGAUAAUCUGAUUAAAGACAGAGAGACGGACUCCACGCUGAGUUUUUGGUCGGGACUCUUCAGGUCCGGGGCCGGACAGUCCGCCCUCCCCAGGACUGAGUCCAGAAACAUCGUCCCUGAUCUUCUCUUGACUUUGUAAAGAUGUACCAGAGCCUUACCCUGUCCUCUAACCAGCCCCCGUACUCCCACGACACCGGGAGCUACAUCCACCCCCCGGCCAGCUCUCCGGUCUAUGUUCCGACCAGCAGAGUCCCGGCCAUGUUACCCACCCUGCCCUACCUGCAGACCUGUGACUCCCCCCACCAGACGCAUGGGCUCGGCGGGCACCACGGCUGGCCCCAGACCGGCACGGACGGCUCGUCGUUCGGCCCCAGCAGCCCCCACACUCCGCACGGCUUCUCCUACACGCACAGCCCGCCGCUCGGCAGCAGCACCGGCCGGGACUCCAACUACCAGAGCACGCUGUUGCUCGGUAACGGGGCCCGGGCCGAGCAGUACGGAGGGGCCCUGAUGCGGUCGGUCGGGGGAUCUUACUCCGGCCCGUACGCCUACAUGAGUCCGGAGACGGCCACCUCCUCCUGGACACCGGGGCCUUUCGAAAGCGGGGUGAUUAGCCUGCAUGGCCGCGGAGGGACCGUGAGGAGGACCAGUCUAGAUCUGAUGGAUGAUAUGUCCACGGAGGGCCGUGAGUGCGUUAACUGCGGCUCGGUGUCCACGCCGCUGUGGCGCAGAGACGGAACCGGACACUACCUGUGCAACGCGUGCGGCCUGUACCACAAGAUGAACGGCAUCAACAGACCGCUCAUCAAACCACACAAACGACUGCAGACGACGUCUCGCCGGGCCGGUCUCUGCUGCACAAACUGUCACACGAGCACCACCACACUGUGGAGACGCAAUGCUGAGGGGGAGCCGGUGUGCAACGCCUGCGGCCUAUACAUGAAGCUGCACGGGGUACCCAGACCUCUGGCCAUGAAGAAGGAGAGCAUUCAGACGAGGAAGAGGAAACCAAAGAUCCCUAAGAAUAAAAGCUCCACAGGCUCCGCCCCCUCUGACAGCAACUCGCCGUCCUCGCUCUCUGUCUCUGAACAUGCCUCCAAGAUAAAGAGUGAGCCCAACAUGGCUCCCUCCCCGUACGCCGGACAGACCGUCAUAUCUGCCUCUCAGACGGCCUCUCAACUGGACAGCCUGGCUUCAGGACACGUGGACAUUAAAUAUGAGGACUAUCCUUUCACCCCGAUAUCUCUUGCUCCUCAGAACUGGUGCACUCUAUCUCAGGCCUGAGCAGCCUCCAGCUGCAGGACUGAUUACAUCAACCAGAGCUCCACCCUGCAUCCUCUCAGUGCUGUAGGACAGAGGGACCACACCUUUGGAGACCUUACAGAUGACUGUUCAGGCUCACCUGUACACACCUGUACACCGUCACACACCUGCUCUGUUUCUCACCUGGAUGGAGACAACAGCACAGCCUCCUUCAGCUCAGCCAGAGCAAGGGAACCAGGACUAAACCAGGACUUAACCAAGACUUAACCAAGAAUCAACCAGGAUUUAACCAGGAUUAAUCCAUGCUUAGACAAGGACUUAAGCAGUUCUAAAUCAGGACUUAACCAGGACUAAACCAGUUUUGGACCAGAACUGAAACUGGACUGAACCAGGACAAAUCCAGGCCUAGACCAGGACUAAAUCAGGACUAAAUCAGGACUUAAACAGGACUAAACAGGGACUUAACCAGGACUAAACCAGGAUUUAACAAGGACUUAACAAGGGCUUAGCAAGGACUCAACCAGCCCUAAACCAGGCUUAGACAAGGACUCAAUUAGGACUUAACCGGGACUCAACUAGGAUUUAACAAAGACCCAACCAGGACUCAACCAGGCCUGAACCAGGACAGAACCAGGACUUAUCCAGGCUGAGAUCAGAACUGACACAGGACUUAACCAGGACUUAUCAAAACUAAGGCAUUUUUAAACAAGGACCAAAUAAGAGCCUAACUAGGGCCAAACAAAGAAAAGAAGCAGGUUUGAACAAGGACUACACCAGGACUUUUCACAAGGUGUAGACUGGACCCAAACAUGGAAACAAAACCGGCUUUAAAUCAGGAUUAAGCAAGGUUUGAACAGGGACUAAAACAAGACCAGUUUCAGGCCUCAAUCAGAGCUAAAAGCCUGAAGAAGAAGUAAAUGAAAGUCGGACUUCCUGCUGGCCAACAAGAAGUACCUGCUGGUUACAAAGCUGAAACCCUGAGACAAACACAUGAUGCAGAGACUGUGGGGUGGAAAGCAAAGGGUUAAUAACCCUGUUUAUAGCUCCUAACUGCUUUAAAGGUGAUGUUUCCACGAACACAGAGCCAACAGGUUCUCUGUAUCACCUGCAUAGAAGAACAGAUGAGAGCUUUUAUGAGCGUGUCUCAUUACCGCGUGUUGAUGAUUAACUUUUAUAGACACAUUAUUUAUGUAAAGAUAAAGACAGAGUCUCUGUUUUAAACCCUCUGUUAGCAUGUUUUAUACGCUAACAUUAUGACUCAAUUGUUUUUACAGCACACAUAAACUGGGUCUCUAUAAAACCAGGACCACAUAUCAGGACUUUUUUAUGUGACAUUAAUGAAUGUGCAAUGAGUUAAAGGGAAAGAGUGAAAUUAUUCUGAACAUGAAAUCAUAUUUGAAUGACUUUAUGAUGGAUUUUGUUGUGAAAAGCUUGUAAGAAAGGCCCUGUUUCCUGUCUGUGUUUAAAUGCUCUGUGGAAUCUGUUCAUGUUAAUAAACUGAUUCACUUUCA